ACGAAACCUAACUUGAGGACAUCAAUGUAUACAUAGUUAUAUAUAAAACUAACCUAUGGUUCAUUCAUAAAUACAGUCUCAUUAAUUUUUUAUUCUAAUUGUUUACACCGCUAGUAAACAGUUCAUAACAAAUUAUGACACUUUGUUCUGUACAUGGAAUUAACAUUUAAUUCAACAAGAUCAAUCAAUAUUAUCGAAUUUCAUAUGUAAACAAGAUAUUCAAGUUUCAGAGCAUAUAAAAACGUGAUUUUAUUGGAAUUAUUUUCAUUUAUAUUAUUUUGUAUUACCUAUUAUGCUGUGAAGUUUUUUUAUCAUGUUAGGAAUAAUUGUAUCGGGUCGUCUUGUUCAAACUGACUUUCAACAAAUCAGUGAAAACCAAUUUUUAAUUAACGUUGCGGAUGCUGACAAUGUCAACCACAUUGUCAUCUUUUUAACGGGUACAAUACCGUUUCCAGAUGGAAUGGGUGGUGCAGUUUAUUUUAGCUGGCCAGAUCCAAAUGCUCCUCCAAACUGGCAGUUCCUUGGUUACAUUUCGAAUGUCAAGCCCUCAGCUAUUUUUAAAAUAUCAAAUUUGAAAAAAAACCAUGAAUUUGAAAACAGUAAUUUAGGAAUAUUUGGUAUAGGAAAAAUAUCUCAUGUAGCUCAAAUUGGAAUAUCAGUUGAGCCAUUAUCUGUGAUUGAACCUCAAGCUGCAAAUUUAGUUACUGAAAAAGCAAACGAAUUUUUGAAAUUUGGUCAAAAAAUGAUUAUGAAUUUUUUGAACUAUAUUUCAAGUUUUUCAGUAACUCAGGCACAAAUGGUACCAAAUCCUACAGAAAAUUUUGUGCCUCUGUCAUCAGUUCAAGGCUGGUAUGAAACAUUUGAAAGAAGAUUACAACAAAAUCCAAAUUUUUGGAAACAAUCAUGAUAAAUAUCAGCUGCCUAAAUAAUCAACAUUUACACUUAAUACUUGAUUUAAUUCCAUUUAAAUGUAAACAAUUAGAAUUAAACAAAAAUUGAUUUUUCUUUUUUACAUAUAAUGUGCAUUUCAUUUUCACGUUAUUAGUGAAAAAAGGCUUUGAAUGUUUUGAUAAAACAAUUAUCAAAUAAAUACAUUUUCAUAAAAAAACACGCUGUACGUUUGAACAAUUAAUUGACAGUACAA